UUUUAUCUAUAUUUAUUGGGUAACAAUAACCCAACUAGGAAGUUUGUCUAACUCAGACGUUAAUCGGACGGUUAACUCUAUUGAAUUAAAAAAUAAUAUAAUAAGGAAUUAUUUUUUAGAUACCAUGACAAUCAAUAUUUCAAGGCAGAUGUGCUGUUUCAAAUGAAAAUCAUCAUGAUUAUCACAUGGGUGCUGAUGCUGUCACCAGUGCAGAGCGAUGUAGCAGCAUUCACAGCACCCUCUGCAGGUGACCAAAUUAAAACUUGCACCGAGAACGCCCCGGGAUCAACCAUCAUAUGCAAAGUAGCACUAUCUAGCUCAACUGGCUUUACCGUUAUGAUCAAGACACAAGAUCCACCUUAUCCUCCAUUUCAAUUAGUAUCGGAUAAUAGAUUGGGGUGGACCCUGAAUUCUCCCGCGUCUGUAAAGAUCGACCGGGAAACUACACGUAAUUUUACGUUUGUGUUCAACGCUACAGACGGUGCUAUUACAUUUUCGAGCGUCACGUUGACUGUGAUAAUAACAGACGAAAACGACAACUUCCCCCACUUUACAAAUGCUUUCUACACACAUACAAUAUAUGAUACAGAGUCUCCAGAUAGGGGUUUACUAGUGAUACAAGCAACCGACGAAGAUCUCUCUCCGAAUAUCACAUAUUCCAUAAUAGGUGGAAACGAAGGCAACAAGUUUUCUAUAGAUCCAAACACGGGACAGCUUAAUCUGACCACGCCAAACAAUCUCAACGCGACCACCACACCCACAUAUAAUCUCACUGUCCAAGCCGGUGACGGCACAAACGUCAAUUACACGACCGUGAUUAUACACGUUGUAGAUGAUCUGUGUAGUCCGUCGCCAUGCGACAAUAACGGAACGUGCAGUAGAAACCACACAAACUACACGUGUACGUGUGCAGCGGGUUGGCUAGGAGACAACUGUAAGACAGCGGAUCCGUGUGUUUCUUCUCCGUGCCUGAACGGUACUUGUCAUAGAAACGAAACCAGUUUCAUGUGUUCGUGCAACAUCGGUUGGUAUGGAGUAAAAUGUGACGAAGAAUAUGUCGCAGACCCUUGCCUUUCAACGCCAUGCUCGAACGGAACAACGUGCAAAAGAAGCGGAACAAAUUACACAUGCGAUGGUUCCAGAGUUGGGCUAAAGAACGAUAGUGAACUCGCGGAUUCAUGUUCCUCUUACCCAUGUAAGAACGGCGGGAUGUGUGCGUUGAAUGGGACGGCGUUCACAUGCAGCUGUACAUCAGAUUUCCAUGGAUCCAAUUGUAAUUUAACCGACCCGACUACUAGUAAAUCACAGGGUGAUUCGUGCAUCGCUGAACCGUGUACAAACGGUGGAACUUGUAUUGUUGUUGGAACAUCGUUCGGUUGCCUAUGUGUGUCUGGUAUGACGGGAUAUACGUGCUCUACGAUCGUCGCAACGCCAGUCUCACAGACCGAUGCACACGAUAUAGAGAGCAAUACGGAUAGUUCCAGCAAUUUACUUGCACUUUACAUCGUCGUUCCAGUGCUGACCACGGGCAUGGUGGUCGCAUCGAUUGUUAUUUAUAAAUAUAAAAAGAGACAAAAGGUAGCCGAUGGCGAUGUAAGAGAGGGUCCACGCAACCAAUGUUUUAAGAGUAGCGAUGUACCCAACAAUGGGCUAAUAAGACACAAUGGUCCACAAUUUCCUCCUGUCAAUAAAUCCAAUAAAAUAUUUCUUACUACACAAUUAUCGACCAUUAAUUAUGCUAAGUAGUAAAGUGGCGUUGCGUGUUUAAUCUUAUAUUUAUGUGUGUUUUAUGUCGUUGUUAAUCCUUGAUAAACAUAGCCCGUUCCUUAAUCCAUGGAGCUUGUCAUUGUUAAAAGGCAUGUGCAAAUAUUUUCUAGCACAUACUGACUGAUCGGGAUUUAUCAAUUUACAAUAUGUUCAAGCUUACCCCAAAUAAAAUAAUAGGAUAAACAUUGGUGCGCAGGAUAAUAUUGUUUUCCAUGUGUUGUAUAUUUCUUUCACGGUGUUUUACUUAAUCAAAUAUGCUAAGAUUUAAUCCGUCAAGCUAAGGCCUUCUUUAAAAUAUAUAGUACCACACUUAAUACCGUUUCUUGAAUGUUAUUAUGAUCAUUAAAACUGUCAGGAAACUG